CUCGGGACAAGUUAUGAGAUCAGAAACAUUUCAAGGCAAGAGUGCUGUGCACAUGCCGUUCCUGGAGUACAUGCAUAAGGGUCACUGUCGUCUGAAGGUCACCAAGGAUUAUAUGCAGACGGCUGUGAAUGCCUUCGCGAUAUUCGUUUCUGGAGACCUUAUUGAUGUUAAAAAUUUACCUGCAUCUUACGUGCUAAACUCGGCUCGCACAAUAGCCAUGAUGAAGGUGGAACGUGAGAAGUUGGCAGCGACGUGGUAUGUAGUUAAAGGGUCCACACCGACAGUGAACGUCACUUAUGAAACCCUGGAGAAGUUCCGACCACUCUUCAAGCAUGUCAACGCCAGGGAGAUCGCCAGGCUCAAUCUCUCUGAUGACAGAAUACUAUCGUAUAUUGGUACACAUCCUGAUCUUAAUAGACAUCAGGUGGGGGUGGUGGCUAGUAGAUAUAUACAAUUAAAUCCUAGAUGGACAGAGCCUAGAUACCUGAACCUCAUGAACAACUUGUUAUGUGGAGUACCCAUGAUCUUCAUGAGGAGGAUCCCAGAAAACACAUACCUGCAACUGACGCACCAGAUAUUUUACCACAUACGGGCAUGCGAUCCAUUACAGCGCAGGUUCUAUUUGACAAUGAUGAUGAGAACUCAGGCGCUCGGGAAAUCGUAUAGUUGGAGUGCGCGAGAAGUGUCUCGGCUCGGAUUGUUGCUAGCUGAAGUCAGUGGCUCAGACCUGAGUGCCGUCAACCCUGAGGCUAUGUCUGGAAUUACGUCACAGGUAAUGUUGGAAAUGCCGAUACAAAGCCUGUUGUCGAUCACAGAGAUGCAGUUACGUUACCUCGAUACCAAGUGCCUCAACAUCUUGGCACGUAAGCUGAUCUCUUAUCAAGAACAUCUUGAAAGCUCCAGCUUUAAAGGCUAUCCAAUAUGGCCUCCACGAUAUUCAAUAAUAUUAGUUGUCUGUGUUGUACAUGGCGUUGUAUAUUAUAAUCAAUUUUAG